AUGUUACAAACGGAUGCUUUCUCACUGGUUGAUGGGGAUCAAAUCGAGGUGCUUAUGGUGGUUUUAAUGGGUCCCUUGACAAUUUGUCUACGAAAUCUCUUCUUUACACAUAUUUUAUCAACAAAUAACUGUUUUGGUUCUGCAACAAAAUUUGUUUUCAACUUCUCACUACUUGUAGUACCUUUGUUGCUCAUUACGACGUUGCUUUCCGAUUGGAUUUCAGUCAUUUUUCCAAUUCUAUUGAGUUGUAUCUUGCUAUCAACAUUGUUCAGUUUGUACAAAUUUUACCAUUCCGAUCAUGGCCGACCGUCAGUUCAAUCAAUACUAGAAAACACAAUUGAAGAUUAUCAGCCAACGGCUUUUGUCACGUAUUUGAGAGCUCUCGUCCUCAUUUUCACGAAUAUCGCUAUUUUAGCUGUCGACUUUCACAAAAUCUUCCCAACUAGAUUCAUGAAAACAAUCGGAUUUGGUCACAGUUUGAUGGAUGUCGGUGUGGCUGGUUUCACGUAUAUUCUUGGUGUAGGUCGAAAUGUCAGGAAUCGAGCCAAAUCUGACCAACGGGAGCAAGAAAAGCAAAAACGACGACUUGUUCGAAGAGUCUUAACCUCAUCACCGAUCGUUUUGGGAGCUCUUGGCUUUGGAAGGACUGUUGUACUCAAGAUUUUGGACUAUGGUGUUUCCGUUACCGAAUAUGGAGUUCAUUGGAAUUUCUUCCUUACAUUGUUUGUCAUCGAGCUGGUUGCCAAACUAUUGCCAAGACGAUUCAAUUUGCUGUUUGGUAUUCUCUUUGCAGCUGCACAGCAAAUGGUUUUGAGUAUGGGGUGUCAAGAAUGGGUUCUCUCCGAUAGUGCUCCAAGAGACAAUCUAUUCUCAGCAAAUCGGGAGGGUUUAUGCUCUUUGCUUGGCUAUAUUGCUCUUUAUUAUCUGGCAAGUGCAAUCGGAGAAUUCAUCUCAAAGAAUGGCCCAAAAGUCAGUGAUUGGAUUAAAUUUCACAAAACCAACUGUAUUAAGCUUUUUCUAUUCACUUUUGGUUUGGCUGUAUGUCUUUGUGUGCAAAUGUUGACGAUUGUUGAAUGGCUUUUGGGAAUUUUUCAUGGUGAAAGUCCUUGGUGUUCCAUUCAACUUUGUUUACUCGAUUCCAUCAAUCGAACUGGACUAAUAUUUUUCCUAAUUGGAAAUAUUUUAACGGGCGUAAUCAACAUGAGCCUCAAUCCCUCUUCAAUUGAUCCAAUGUCAUCUGUGCUUUAUUUAUCCAUUUAUAUGCUGAUUUGUGCCGUGGAGUCUACGGAUCUCCCGACACUUGCCCACAAGAUCGACGCGGCUUGCUCUUUAAGG